CGGAUGAUAUGUUGGAACAUGGCGGGUCAUAGAAGGUCAAGUUAGCUAAUGUAUUUUCCGCAAAUUUCCAAUGUUUGUAGCCUAUAGUGAUGAUGAAUGAGUUAAAUUUUAAGCCGAGAAGAAUACCAAACCAGAAUUUAGUGUGGAGGCUACGUCAGAGGGAGACUCAUUUUCCAAAACCCGGAACUCACUGGCAUCAAGCACGAGCUUUCACUCAAAACAUUUUUCCAAAUUUCACGAUUGUGAAUGUUGAAACACCUCCGUGCUAUCUGCGAAAAUUCUCACCAGAUGGCCGUUAUUUCGUUGCAUUCUCAUUAGAUCAAAGCUCUGUUGAGGUGUACGAGUUCCAAGGGCCAAGUGCAGCUGAGGAAUUGCUUGCUAAAGAAUCGCCAGACGUCGAGAUAAGGAGCAGAUUGUUCAGUAGCUUCUUCCGUCUCAGCUCCGUUGUAACCGUGGCACAAAAUGGAGAGCAUUUGAACAGAGAGUGUAGUUUAUUUACUGACGAUGGCCGUUAUGUUAUAGUUGGAUCAGCUUCGUAUGUCCCAGAGGAACCGCAUCCAUAUUUCUUUGAUAUCUACAGUAACAAUGAGUCGGUCUCUCCAAAUCCCAGGUCACCUCUGGAAGACUACACAAUCCACAUCGUUGAUAUGAAAACUGGAAUGCUGUCAGAUUCCAGAGUGUUCAAGUGUGAUAAGAUAUUCUUAUCACACAAUCAAGGACUGUACUUAUACAGGGACCUUCUUGCAGUUUUAUCUGUUCAACAGCAACAGAUACACAUUUUUCAGGUUACGUCCGAUGGCAAGUUUAUUGAUGUGCGCACAAUUGGUCGAUUUUGUUAUGAGGAUGAUGAGUUUAUGCUAACUUGUGUCAGGAAUGUUGAUGCCAAUGGCCAACCCAUUGUGCGACCGUACAUGGAAACCUGUCUGAAUGGACUGAAACAUAGAAUUCUGGCCCAUCUGUGGAGAUGUGCAUAUAACGAAGGCACUGCUUUAGCAAUGGGGAGAUUUUAUCAGCAUGUUGAACUGUUCAGAGCUCUGAGAAUGUGGAAGAUGCAACUUUUUGAUAGUAGGAUUUUGCUGAUAAAGUAUGCCAGUGAAGAUGUAGUAACACUGAGGGUCCCAGAUCCAAACUCACAGCCAUCAUUCUUUAUCGUGUAUGACAUGGAAACAACCAAAGUCUUGGCUGUGUUUGAAAACACUUCAGAGAAAUUGUUAGAACUUUUCGAACAGUUCUGUGACUCUUUUCGCAAUGCUAUGUUGCAUUCACCAGCGCAAUUCACUUGUUCAGCUUCAAGCAAUAUUUUUGCCCGCCAAAUUCAAAGACGAUUCAAGCACACCAUUGUUAAUGCAAAAUAUGGAGGGUAUACUGAAGCUGUCAAGCGUCUUCUUGCUCAGUUGCCAAUCAGCUCCCAAUCUUACAGUAGCAGUCCUUAUUUGGACUUGUCCCUGUUUAAAUAUGAUGACAAGUGGGUGUCUGUCAUGGAAAGGCCCAAAGCAUGUGGAGAUCAUCCAAUAAGGUUUUAUUCUAGGGAUUCAGGGCUUCUGAAAUUUAAGAUCCACGCUGGUUUCUUGGGUCGCCCAAUUCCACCAACAGGAAAGAGGCUGGUGGCAUUCACUUUUCACCCUCUCUAUCCAUUUGCUAUCUCGGUACAGAAAACUAAUGCAGAAUAUGUGGUAAACUUCCAUAUCCGACAUCUUACUAGUGGUGUAGAACAUACUUGAGUGUAAUCUUAAUCCAGGAACCCUUACUGUGAUAAACUGUUGUUUAGAUGAGGACAGGGUUAAGGUCAGCUUGCAAAGCAAGGUUUGGAAUCUACUCUCGAGAUGUUUUUUAAUCAAAAUAGAAAAUGUAGGUAUCUAUGUUGAGGUUCAAUAUUCUUGUUAGUUGAAAUUUCAUUUUCAUUGGUUUCUUCACAUAACCAGAAACCAAGAGAAGAUAGAAUUGUACAGAUAUAU